AUGCCCAACACCGCCACCCCCGAAACCUGGCGCGUCAAAACCGUCGAACAUAUCCGCCCCUCGACCCGCGACCAGCGCCAGCAAUGGAUCGAAGAGGCCGGCUUCAACCUCUUCACCCUCCCCAGCGACCGCGUCUUCAUCGACCUCCUCACUGACAGCGGCACCGGCGCCAUGAGCGACCGACAAUGGGCGGCGAUCAUGUCGGGCGACGAGUCCUACGCGGGCUCCACCUCCUUCCACGCGCUGCACGAGGUCGUGCAGGACCUCUUCGGCCUGGAAUACCUCCUCCCCGUGCACCAGGGCCGCGCCGCAGAGAACGCGCUCUUCUCCGUCCUCGUGCACGAGGACCAGCUCGUCCCCGCCAACUCGCACUUCGACACCACGCGCGCGCACAUCGAGUUCCGCAAGGCCGCGGCCGUGGACUGUCUCUCGUCCGGCGCCUACGAUGUGACCGACACCAACCCGUUCAAGGGCAACAUGAACCUCGACAUGCUGCGGGACAUUCUGCAGGAAUCCCACGCGCGCGUCCCGUUCAUCCUCUUGACGAUCACCUGCAACACCACGGGCGGACAACCGGUCAGUCUGGCCAAUAUCGCCGCCGUGAAGGCGCUGGCAGACCGUUACCACAAGCCGCUGGUUGUCGACGCCGCGCGGUUCGCCGAGAACGCCUGGUUCAUCCAGCAGCGCGAGCCGGGGUAUCGGGACACCUCCCUCCGCGACAUCACGCGCCAGAUGUUGGGGAUGGCGGACGCGAUGGUCAUGAGCGCGAAGAAGGAUGGGCUGGUCAACAUCGGGGGGUUCCUGGCGACGCGGCAUCGGGAGUGGUUCGAUCAGGCGACCGAGUAUGUGAUUCUGUUCGAGGGAUUCCGCACGUAUGGCGGUCUGGCGGGGAGGGAUCUGGCGGCGCUGGCGGUGGGGUUGGAGGAGGUCAUCUCGGCGGAUUAUCUGGCCUCGCGCAUCGGACAGGUCCAGCGGUUCGGGCAGCGGUUGAUUGAUGCCGGGGUUCCGAUCCAGCAGCCGGUGGGGGGGCAUGCGGUUCUCGUGGAUGCGAGCCGGUUCUUGCCUGAGGUGCCGAGGGAGGAGUAUGUCGCGCAGACGUUGGCGGUUGAGCUGUACCUCGAGGCUGGGGUGCGAGGAGUCGAGAUUGGGACUUUGCUGAACGGCCGCGACCCGGAGUCCGGCGAGGAGCGUUUCGCCGAGACGGAGUGGCUGCGGCUGGCGAUUCCGAGGAGGGUGUAUAGCAAUGACCAUCUGGAGUAUGUGGCGCAGGCGUUAAUCGAUCUGUACCAUCGUCGGUCCGAGAUCAGGGCAGGGGUGAGGAUCGUGGAGGAGAAGCCGGUGUUGCGGCAUUUUACCGUGCGGUUGGAGCGAAAGACCGAGUAG